GGAGCAGCUGCAGCAAGAGGACCUCUGGUAACAUUCACUGCAUUGCUGAGAGUGACAUAUUACCAUUUCAACUUUAACAAUUCUAGAAUAACAUUGUAUUAACGACAGCUAAAAUGGUUGAUCGCGAGCAACUGGUGCAGAAAGCCAGGCUGGCCGAACAGGCUGAAAGAUAUGAUGAUAUGGCAGCAGCCAUGAAAUCGGUGACAGAGUUGAACGAGGCCUUGUCCAAUGAGGAGAGGAAUCUGCUCUCUGUGGCCUAUAAGAAUGUGGUAGGGGCGCGGCGCUCAUCCUGGCGUGUCAUCUCCAGCAUCGAGCAGAAGACCUCAGCAGACGGCAACGAGAAAAAGAUCGAGAUGGUGCGUGCGUACCGCGAGAAAAUCGAGAAGGAGCUGGAGACCGUGUGCCAGGACGUGCUGAACCUCCUGGACAACUUCCUGAUCAAGAACUGCAACGAGACGCAGCACGAGAGCAAGGUGUUUUACCUGAAGAUGAAGGGCGACUACUACCGCUACCUGGCCGAGGUGGCCACGGGCGAGAAGAGGGCCGGCGUGGUGGAGUCCUCUGAGAAGUCCUACAGCGAGGCCCAUGAGAUCAGCAAGGAGCACAUGCAGCCCACCCACCCUAUCCGCCUGGGUCUGGCCCUCAACUACUCCGUGUUCUACUAUGAGAUCCAGAAUGCACCUGAGCAGGCCUGCCACUUGGCCAAGACCGCCUUCGAUGACGCCAUCGCUGAGCUGGACACCCUGAACGAAGACUCCUACAAAGACUCUACCCUCAUCAUGCAGCUGCUACGAGACAACUUGACACUCUGGACCAGCGACCAGCAGGAUGACGAGGGUGGUGAGACCAACAACUAGAGAGUCCCUAAAGAGACCCCUGUGUCCUGUUUCAGCCAAUACACACAACACCCCGCUCCCUCACAAAUCACAACAAAAUAUGAAACCAGAUCUUAGAAAUAAAUGAUUUGGCUGGUGGAACUUUGGCAACCACUUUUGCCGUUGAUGAUACUACCGCAGCUGCAGUUCUUAAUUUUUACACAAAUUUAAAAAGUUAAGAAAAAAUUGAAAGAGGAGUAGGAGGGGAGAUGAUUUUAGUUUUUAAUAUAGUUAAAAAAUAAAUAGUUGAACCCCUUCCUUCUUGAUUACCUCUGCGACAUUUGCCAAACCACUUAAGAGGAAGAAGUUCUGUGUCUCAAACAGUCAGUCAGGAAGUAGAGUCUGGCUAUUGGGUUAGAAAUGACACCAUCACACUGGCAUAAAGACUGUUCUUACGGCACUAAAAUGAAAUGGAGCUUCUUAUUUAACUGAUGUGGUGAGGGAGGAGGAGCAUUCAAAAUCGUAAGGGGAGAUAGAAGCUUGUGCAAAAAAAAAAAAACUUGAAUGUCAUCGCCUCGCAAAAAGAAAGAGUUGCAAAUAGGUUCCAGAGAGGGAGAAAUAGGUAUCGUACCUCUAGCUAACCACUUCAGACUUACCAACAUGGAAUCUAAAAGGUGUGCAUCACCCUGUAAUGGUAAUCGUUGUGUGAAAGCAGGUAUCCUCUGUGAUUAUUGAACAUACAUAACCAAUGUUUUGUUCCCAUGAUGUCAGGAAUGUGUUUGUACUCAGUCACAAACUAUAUUACUGUAACUAAAGUAGUAAAUACACAGCCAGUACAGCCCUCUAAUGCGCUGAUAUGCUAUACAUACAUAAACAUUUUCAAGCAUCUGGUUAUUAUUAUUAUUACUCUCCCCUUACCUAGGUUGUCAAGGGUGCCAUAUUAAUAGAAUAUCAAACUAUGCUAAUACAAAGAAAAUCACUAAAACAACAAACACAAUUAUCUUGCAGAGGAGAUCAUUUGAUAUUGUAAGACAACAGAAUAUUUUGUCCUAAAUUACGGUAUAUUCAUAUUUACAACAAUCUUGGAUUAUGAAAUGGAUCCAUCUUGGAUCCAAUCUUGGAUCCAUGACACCGAGUUGACUGGAACCACACUCCACCACUCAGUGGACAAAAUACACAUUACCUGGGCUAUAUGGACACGCCUGGUGCCCAAAAUUGAUGACGUAUGUCACACAGCUAUGAGUGGAGACGAAUGGAUUCGGUACUGACAGUCAGUUCAGUCAGCCGUCCUGAUGAGCCCUUCCCAGCUAGCUAGUUUAUGCUGGCUAGCUGGCAACAACAGCAGCAUGGCACUAGUUAUAACUUGUAAAAGAAAGUGCUUUUUAUUUCCACGGACAAAAUAACUUGUAGUAUUGAUCGCCAUCUGGAUGUCACCGUGACAUGCCAAUUAGCUAACGUAACGACACGCUGGUGUGAAUGACCAGUGCAACAGUGUUGUAUCGAGGUACUUCCCAGUUCCCACUGUUGCUUCCCGCUGGCCAGAAGUUGUUUCACCGGGCAGCUGUAACACAUUUUCGCUGGCAGUAGCUAUUUGUUCCAUCCCACUUCAUUAUAUUUAGAGUAGGAUAGCACCUAACACGAGAAAUAACUUAUUGGUAGUAUAGUAACCAUCUGGAUGUCACCGCGAUACAGUCUUCUGCUCAAUGGGGAGAGUUUGCACUGCAAGCCGGCAACACAACAACAUGGGGCACAGUGUGUCCUUCACCCCACUUGCUGAGCACUGCUGCCCUGCUGUAAGGAGAGGAAAGUAGCUAGAUAGUUUAGCCAAUAUCAGGCCGGGUGACAGCUAAAGCACAGUUAUUGUAAUGAUUUUCACCAAAAGUACAUUUUUUGUUGUUGAAAAAAGAACAAUUAUUUCCUGUUAAAAACAGAAUGAUUCUGAACACUCCCAAGUCCCAGCUUCGGCAGACAAGUUAAAAAUUCUGGUUGAAGUUUCUAGCCACAAGCAUAAACUAGCUAGCUGGGAAAAGCUCAUUAGGACGCCUGACUGAAAUGACUGGACCGAAUCCGUUUGUUCCCACUCAACUCUCGCUGCGUGACAGUUUUGGGCACAAGGAAUGUGUGUAUAGCCUCUCCCAAUCUAAAAGCAUAUUUGAGGUUUGUGGAUUUUCUUUUUGUGUUCACUUUUUUAAUUGUGAAGAAAUGCACUUGCCUAUUAAACUGUUUCUUCAGUGUAAGAUGAUAACUGCUCUAAUAUUCUCGAUAAUAUAAUAUUGUGCAUGCUGGUGAUGUAUUUAUAUACAGUAGCUUGACUUUAUUAUUAUUAACUUAUAAUGUGGAUGUUACGUAUUCAUAUGAACAUGAAAUGACUAGACUUCAAUCUGAUUUAUUUUCUAUUUAUACUUUAUAUUGGAUUGUUGACAUUUUAUUUGAAUCUGUGUUUCCCUUACUCCAUUUGCUGAAAGUACGCUAUGCCAAAACAAUGAUUGUUAACAAUAAAUUGAUCUGUAACGGA